AUGCCCACAUAUAUCAAGGAUAAUCUCAAGGUCAUACUAUUCUGUUCUAUCAUCCUCUUAGCUCUUUGGGUGCUCAUCGCGGCAUCACGGUCGCCCGUUGUGCCCAAUGACAUUCCUAGAAGACAAGGAGAACCGGUGUUCUCUCAACGUUUGGUGGCCAUGGGGGAUUUACAUGGUGAUCUGGAAAAUGCCAAAACAGUCCUUCAAAUGGCUAGCAUCAUCGACACCUCUUCCAUCUGGAUAGGAGGUACAGACAUCCUCGUACAAACUGGCGAUAUCAUCGAUAGAGGCACAUACGCUCUAGACAUCUAUAGACUCAUGAGAGAUCUUCGUUCUCAAGCUUCCAACGCGGGCGGUAGAGUGGUAAGUAUCUUGGGGAAUCAUGAGAUGAUGAACGCUAUUGGAGAUUGGAGGUAUGUUACUGCCGGUGAUAUAGAUAGAUUUGAAGGGGUGAAAAAAAGGCAAGAGGUAUUGAGUGUGAAUGGAUGGUUGGGUAGGGAAUGGUUAGCCAAUUACUCGACUACUGCUCUAGUCCCUCUCUCCCCAUACCCCUUUUCUCCCACUCUCUGUUUCACACACGGCUCUCUCCGUCCAUCAUACCCUCAUCUCACACCUUAUCCAGAAUCCAUAAACUCCCUCGGUCAUUCUCUCCUCCUCAAAGCCCUCACACCACCUCUGGCCCCACCUCAUCCGCCUAACCCGUACUCUGGUUUACCGAAGGAUACCACCACUGCCGAGGCGGGAGUAUACGACGCAGGAGGACCAUUUUGGUGGCGUGGUUUAGCGGAGGUGAAAGAUGAGAAGACUGUCUGUAAUUGGGCUAGAGAGUUGAAGGAGAAAUUGGGAGUGAGGAGAGUCAUUGGUGGUCAUACACCUAAUUAUGAAAAGAUUGUGCAUAGAUGCAAUGCUAGUGUGAUUAUCAUUGAUACCGGUAUCUCAUCGGCAUACGGAGGAGUACUAAGCGCGCUUGAGAUCAUCUACACUCUCACACCUAAUCAGUCGGACACGGACAGAUCAGGGCAUAGGCAAGAACCAUUCCUCCCUUUGAACAUCACCAACACGAAUGACCAUAAUCAAAAUCCCAAUUUCGACUCUAUCAAGAGUGGACAAUCGUAUCUGGAGCGCGAAGAGGUGAAUGCGAUAUACCCAAGGAAGAAAAAGAAUAUCAUUGUUGAAGAACGUGUCGUCGUUGCUGGACCCAUGCGGCCGUGA